AUGAAUGCGACGGACCCCAGCGCCCAGAGCGUGCAUGGUGUGAACCCACAGACGCUAAUAGAAAAGAUCAUGCGCAAUCGCAUCUACUCCAGCAUCUACUGGAAGGAGCAAUGCUUUGGUCUUACGACUGAAACGCUCGUGGAUAAAGCCGUCGAGUUGUCCGAAUUUGGUGGCACAUUUGGUGGUAAUCAGCAGCCGACCCAUUUUUUGUGUCUUUUACUCAAAAUGUUACAGUUGCAACCAGAACUUGAGGUCGUGAAACAAUUUAUUGAAAAUGAGGACUAUAAAUAUGUGACAAUUUUGGGGGCAGUUUAUCUGCGACUUGUGGGAAAACCCAUUGAUGUGUACCCACUUUUAGAGCCGCUGCUAAGUGACUACCGCAAGAUUCGACGACGGAAUGUCAUUGGCUGGGAAAUCACACACGUCGAUGAAAUUGCAGAUGCACUGCUGAAUGAAGAAUUUUAUGUGGAUUUGGCAUUGCCACGACUGGUGGAGAGAGAGAUACUGGAGAAAAACAAUGGCUUGAUGCCACGGAAGAGUCCGCUAGAAGACAAACUAUAUGAAGAAAGUGAUAGUAGUGACAGUGAAGAGGAGACGUGA